AAAGCGAGCACCGGAUUGGUGGUUUCCGCUGUGGGGGAUUGUCGCCGUGCGGAUGGUGGAGCCGGACGGAGGCAGGCGGCGGUGUUAUUAUUUGUGAAUGAACAUUUUGGUAUUGAUUUACAGCCGUAUUUUAACUCCAAUUUAUUUUGUACUACAUAAAAUGUUGUGAAACUAUUUAACGUUUGGAUUUUGUACAGUAAUUUCUACACCUCGGCAAGUAGCACGCAAGCUUUGUUGAAGAUUUCAGGCCUAGUUCUAACCACCGCUUGUCGAUUUUAACAAUAGCCGCGAUACACUCCCCCAUCUUGAACUAUUUUGACAGACAUUUUUAACUUGUACUGACACAGAAAAUAACGCAAUGGGGUCCGUUAACCGAAAUAAUUAUUGAGUUUAUGGACUAUAUUGUAUGCAGGACUUUUCAGUAUUUUAUCUGCUAGUAGCAUCACUUACAUUUAGGGAAACAAAAGGAAGAUGUCAAACGGCGCAGCAGGAAGUGGGGGUCUGACUUGGGUGGUAAGUUACUAUUUUGUUAUAAUGUUGCAUUACUGGAAAGGUUUGCUUUAUCGCUUCAGCUAGCGUUGAUCAUUUUGCCAGGAUGCACGAGAGAAAUUCCCCAGUUUGUCAAGAGCUGGAUAUUUUAAAAUGGCCAGAGAUGAUGCUAACUAGCCAGCAGCUAAUACAUUCCUUUAAACUAGCAUGCACCUAUUCAAGAUGGGCCAUCAUUUGGGAUAUUAAUUUAGCUACGAUUGCCCUGCACAUACAAUCACAGAUUAGUCCACCAACGUUAGAUACAUUGUUUUCUUUUAUCAUGUAAUUCGGCAACAUUGCUUUCCUGUAAGACACCGGUUAAUGAGCCACUUGGCCAAUGGCAUUGCCCCAAUAAGUUCUUUGUUGCAAUGCACGUCAAGUGGGAUUGAUAGUCAGUUUGCAUAUUUUACAUGCACGCCGUUUGAAUAUAGAAUCUUGAAUGUGUCUCAAAUACCGUUAUUCGUAGGUAGCCUAAUCUAUAAAAAAAAAUGUAUGCGACAUAUGUAUUUGCAAGACAUUUGGCCAGCUAGCUAUAGCAGCGGCCAGCCCGUAGAUACAGCAGCACAAUUUGGGACCUGUGUAAAGCUAGCCACAUAAGGAUUAUCCACAAUAGUGGAAUUUGCGGUUCUCCUUCUAAAUAAAAGUCCCCCAUUUGAAAGUGAUUCAAACGGAUACAAAUAGUGUAAUCGUGACAUAUUUGGACUAGGUAAUACUAAACAAAAGACAAUUUAGUUAAUUUGACAAAAAUCAGUUGAAAGCGAACUGCGGAUGUAUUAGACUUUAGAAUUGCAUCGGGGGCAUAUGUGGCUUGCGAAAGUAUUCACCCCCCUUGGCAUUUUUCCUAUUUUGUUGCCUUACCACCUGGAAUUUAAAUUGAUUUUUUGGGGGUUUGUAUCAUUUUAUUUACACAGCAUGCCUACCACUUUGAAGAUGAAAAAUAUGUUUUAUUGUGAAACAAACAAGAAAUAAGACAAAAAACAGAACUUGAGCGUGCAUUUCUAUUCACCCCCCCUCCAAAGGCAAUACUUUGUAGAGCCUCCGUUUGCAGCAAUUACAGCUGCAAGUGUCUUGGGGUAUGUCUCUAUAAGCUUGGCACAUCUAGCCACUGGGAUUUUUGGCCAUUCUUCAAGGCAAAACUGCUACAGCUCCUUCAAGUUGGAUGGGUUCCGCUGGUGUAAAGUCAUACUACAGAUUCUCAAUUGGAUUGAGGUCUGGGCUUUGACUAAGCCAUUCCAAGGCAUUUAAAUGUUUCCCCUUAAACCACUCGUGUUGCUUUAGCAGUAUGCUUAGGGUCAUUGUCCUGCUGGAAGGUGAACCUCUGUCCCAGUCUCAAAUCUCUGGAAGACUGAAACAGAUUUCCCUCAAGAAUUUCCCUGUAUUUAGCGCCAUCCAUCAUUUUCUAUUGUGUUUUUGACUGUACAUUUUGUUUAUCCCAUAUGUAACUCUGUUGUUUUUAUCACACUGCUUUGCUUUAUCCUGGCCAGGUUGCAGUUGUAAAUGAGAACUUGUUCUCAACUGGCUUACCUGGUUAAAUAAAGGUGAAAAAAAAUAAAACCCUUAAUUUCUGACCAGUUUCCCUGUCCCUGCCGAUGAAAAACAUCCCCACAGUUGAUGCUGCCACCACCAUGCUUCACUGUGGGGAUGUUGUUCUCGGGGUGAUGAGAGGUUUUGGGUUUGCGCCAGACAUAGCAUUUUCCUUGAUGGCCAAAAAGCUCAAUUUUAGUCUCAUCUGACCAGAGUACCUUCUUCCACAUGUUUAGGGAGUCUCCCACAUGCAAACACCAAACGUGUUUGCUUAUUUUUUUACAUAUGCACGCACCACUUUUCCGUUAUUAAUUUUUUUGAAUUUUUUGAAACUCCAAAUAAAAAUCAAUUUAAAUUACAGGUUGUAAUGCAACAAAAUAGGAAAACCGCCAAGGGGGUUGAAUACUUUUGCAAUACACUGUAUGUACUGUAGAGCCUAACCUAUGGAUGUUGCACGCAUCAAAUGGGGUAUCAGCCUACUUGCUCAGUGAUACUCACAGAACACAACUGCAUAGAGUUCACUCAAAUAUUAGCUUCUUAGCUCUAGUCAUAUUGCAGGACUUUGAUUGUGGGAAAUCAGCUUUCCAGUCAGUCUAUUGUGUGUAUUAGACAUUCAUGUUGCACUGUACAGCAUAACCUAGGGAUGUUGCACCCAUGGAAUGGGGUAUCGGCCUUCUCAGUGACACUCACAGAACACAACUGUGUAGAGUUUACACAAAUAUUAGGUCUCUGUUAAUUUUUAAAAUGUAAUUAUGCAUAUCGGGUCGGGUGGGAAAGCCACGGAUCCAUUUCAGAACUGUCCAACCGUUUAAUUGAACGUUGCAUUACGUUUUAUGGGCCUGAAUGCAGCCCUGGUGACAACAUUAAAAUAAGAAUGUCCCUCCAAAAAUGAGCCUAACAACAUAUUGGUCCAUAAUAUCAGGCUGGUGUGUUAUUUAGCAAUAAGCAAUUAUCACCUGUAGCCCAACUGAUGCAGCAUAGUGGCUAUAACUAAAUAGGCUGAAGCAUGGGGUUGCCCAUCUGUAUUUGUGCUAAUCAUUAGCUAGAUCAGUGCUUCCCAAACUAUUUCAGUCAUGGCCCCCUUUCAUAAUGAGGAAAGGUUGCUGCUGCUGGUCAGAGUCUGUGAGACAGGCAGGCUGCCUCUGACUGGGGAGAGAGACAGACUUGCUUGAGCCUACUGCCUGAGGUUCAGAGAAACAGCCCUUCUGUAAUUAUGUAGUUUACUAGAAACCAAUUGUUUCAAAGUUUAUAAUACUACCAAAGUUGCCUUUGAACUCACAAAAUUGAGCCCAAUUUAACCGUGACCAAUAAUAACUUGUUUUUUAGGCCCGUCACUUUGCAAUAGAAACCUUCUCCAUAUUAUGCUUAUGAAUUUACCAUGUUAAAUAUGAUUGUACUUCUUUAUUUGUUACAAGUUAGCUCAGAGAAUUAAGUGUUUUGUUAAGAAGAGAACGGAGAGAAAGAGAGGUGCUAUUGUGCAACUUUUUUCCCUUCACAAACCACAGCCUCUGACGACCGGGCCAAACCAAGCAUAAUUGGCGGUGGGGGGGGAUCCAAUCAUAAUAUGAGGAAUUGAGUAGUACUGUGUAGUUUAAAGCCACAGAAGGCCAGUAACUAAGGUGGGAAAAUAAUUUCCAAUUCAUCAAGAUCAUCAUGGUUUAUUAUUGGGGAGGGUCAAAUUGACCUGUUUCUAAUAUUGUGGGGUCAUAGGUUAGGCUGUACAGGAACAGGAAGUACUAGUGAUGCGCUCAAUACGGAACUGGUCCAAUGAAGUGGACGCUAAGCUACAGGGCUGUUUUGCUAGCAUAGAUUGGAAUAUGUUCUGGGAUUCAUCCGAUGGCAUUGAGGAGUUUACCACAUCAGUCUCCGGCUUCAUUAAUAAGUGCAUCGACAACGUUGUCCCCACAGUGACCGUACGUACAUACCCUAUCCAAAAUCCAUGGAUUAAAGGCAACCUCGGCACUGAUUUCAAGGAGCAGCACACAAAUCCAGAAGCUUAUACAAAAUCCCGCUACGGCUUCUGACGCUCGUUGAAUGUGGCAAUGCUUGCAAACUUUCACGGAUUACAAAGGGAAACCCAGCUGUGAGCUGCUAGUGGCGCAAGCCUACCAGAUGAGCUAAAUUCCUUCUAUGCUUGCUUUGAGGCGAAGCAACACUGAACCAUGCAUGAGAGCACCAGCUGUUUCGGACGACUGUGUGAUGGCCGCAGGGACAGACGGAUUACCAGGACGCCUACUCAGAGCAUGCGCUGACCAGCUGGCAAGUGUCUUCACUGACAUUUUCAACCUCUCCCUGACCCAGUCUGUAAUACCCAUAUGUUUCAAACAGACCACCAUAGUCCCCAUGCCCAAGAACACCAAGGUAACCUGUCUAAAUGACUAACGCCCUGUAGCACUCACAUCUGUAGCCAUGAAAUGCUUUGAAAGGCUGGUCAUGGCUCACAUCAACACCAUCAUCCCAGACACCCUGGACCCACUUCAAUUCACAUACCGCCCCAACAGAUCCACAGAUGACGCAAUCUCUAUUGCACUCCACACUGCCCUUUCCUAUCUGGACAAAAUGAACACCUACGUGAGAAUGCUGUUCAUUGACUACAGCUCAGCGUUCAACACCAUAGUGCCCUCCAAGCUCAUCACUAAACUAAAGACCCUGGGAUUAAACGCCUCCCUCUGCAAUUGGAUACUGGACUUUCUGACGGGCCGCCCCCAGGUGGUGAGGGUAGGCAAAAACACAUCCGCCACGCUGACCCUCAACACGGGGGCGUGCUUAGCCCCCUCCUGUACUCCCUGUUCACCCACAACUGUGUGGCAGCACACCAUCAUUAAGGUUGCUGACGACACGACGGUGGUAGGCCUGAUAUACGACGACAAUGAGACAGCCUAUAGGGAGGAGGUCGGAGACCUGGCAGUGUGGUGCUAGGACAACAACCUCUCCCUCAACGUCAGCAAGACAAAGGAGCUGAUCGUGGACUACAGGAAACGGAGGGCCGAGCACGCCCCCAUUCCCAUCGACGGGGCUGUAGUGGAGACGGUCGAAAGCUUCAAGUUCCUCGGUGUCCACAUCACUAAGGACCUAUCAUGGUCCAAACACACCAACAUAGUCGUGAAGCGGGCACGACAAUGCCUCUUCCCUUUCAGAAGGCUGAAAAUAUUUAGCAUGGGCCCUCAGAUCCUCAGAAAGUUCUACAGCUGCACCAUUGAGAGCAUCUUGACUGGCUGCAUCACCGAUUGGUAUGGCAACUGCUUGGCAUCCGACCGCAAGGCGCUACAGAGGGAAGUGCGUAUGGCCCAGUAUAUCACUGGAGCAGAGUUCCCUGUCAUCCAGGACCUCUAUACCAGGUGGUGUCAGAGGAAGGCCCUAAAAAUUGUCAGACUCCAGCCACCCAAGUCACAGUCUGUUCUUUCUGCUACCGCACGGCAAGCGGUACCAGAGCACCGUCUUUGACGAAAAGGCUCCUGAACAGCUUCUAUCCCAAAGCCAUAAGACUGCUGAACAGUUAGUUCAUCAACUGGCUACCCGGACUUUCUGCUUUUCACCCCUACCUACAAAGUACUUCUAUCAAUCACCUAACCAAAACUACAUGUACAUAUUACUUCAAUCACCCCAACUACCUCGUACCCCAGUACACUGACUUGGUACCGGUACUCCUUGUAUAUUGCCUGUAUAUAGACUUGUUAUUUAUAUUUUAUUGUUACAAUUUAAAUUUUUAUUUAUUUGCUAAUUUUCUUGCUUUUUAACUGCGUUGUUGGGAAAGGGCUCGUAAGUAAGCAUUUCACGAUAAAGUCUUCACUUGUUGUAUUUGGCGCAUGUGACAAAUUGUAUUUUAUUUUGUGGAGUGCAUAUAAGUAUGCCCCCCCCAAUGCAAUUCUAAAGUGUAAUUACAUUUACAUUUUAGUCAUUUAGCAGACGCUCUUAUCCAGAGCGACUUACAGUUAAGUGAGUGCAUACAUUUUUUUCUCAUACUUUUUCAUAAUUCAUCCACACGAUUUCAAUAGAUUUUAUUUUUGUCAAAUUAACUAAUUAUUGUCUUUUGUUGAAUUUAGAACAACAUUUGACCUUGUUUAGCGUUAUCUAGUGCAAAUAUGGCAUGAUUCCACCUUGUAUCCGUUUUAAUCACUUUCAAUGGGGGACUUUUAUUUUGAAGGUGAAGUGCAAAUUCCACAAUCAUGGUGAAUCCUUAUUGUGGCUAGUUUCACACAGGUCAAUUUGCGUGCCACUGUCAGCAGAUAGACAAUAGAGCAGCUGUCUGUCAGGUAGAUGCAUGCAGGGAUGCGAUAACGACAUUAUGCAGGAUUCUUUCAGUGUGUUUGAGCAACCAAGAUUAGGUUCUUAGCAGACCUAAUAUAUAUAAUAAUCUCAAGAUUACUUUUUUGUACAUAUCUUAUUAAAGCAAAUAUCCCAGAGUGGUGGACUGUCAUGAGCUAAAUGGCUGCUUUGGCUUGAUCAUCAUGAUUAUGACUUGCUGUGUAAACCGUAGACCAUAUGGAGUGAACUGUUUUUGAGUCCCCUGUUUGUUACUAAUAGGCUGAUGAGCAUUGUGAGGGUCUGUUGCUCAGAUACCUCCCCAUAGAGAAAUGUAAACGGGUCUCAAGGGCCACAGGUGACAGGGACUGCAUUAUACUCAACCACUGUUUUUGUUAUUGCAGAGUAGAUGAUUUGCUCAGUUUAUAUAAGCCUAUUGCAUGCUCAAAGCCUCUGGAUCAAUUGUAUACAUACAUUGCCACACCAAUACCGUUUAGAUUUCCCCAAGCUUGCAACAUUUACAUUUUUAUUUGAUAAAGUUUGCUCCUCAGGCUCAGCCACUUUUUUGCUUCUCCUUGGGUGCACAUUAACCAAUGGUGUCUACUGUGGGCGUGUGUGCCGGGCAACUAGCCUAACCAAAUAAACCUUCCAAGUUCCAACCAACCCACUAAUCAACCAAACAACCAAAGCGUAAAGGAGCAUUGACUGAAAAAUUGGAGGCUACACUGGACUAGUAGGACUUAGACCAGGGGUGUAAAACUCAAUGGAGGGCUGAGUGUCUGCGGGUUUUAGUUUUUUCUUUCUGUUAAGACCUAGACAACCAGGUGAGGGGAGUUCCUUACUAAUUAGUGACCUUAAUUCAUCAAUCAUGUACAAGGGUGGAGCGAAAACCUGCAGACACUUGGCCCUCCGUGGAAUGAGUUUGACACGUGACUUAGACGGACUAUCCAAACAAUCGAAGUCAAACAAAACGGCGACUGCUGUGCCUUAGUUCUGAUAAUCAGCUGCCAGUGCCUGCAGACACAGAGUUCAAUUUAUCUCUAGUGUAAUUUUUAACUAAGUUGUGCACAUGUGUCUAAUACCAGACCCUCUUUGAUAAGAAGAAUGCUGCCAAAAAGAGGGAGGAGGAGGCAGCGGCGGCUGCGGCUGCGAACGGCAGGGGCGAUGGGGGCAAGCCCGAGGGAGGAGGUGGAGGAGCCAAGAAGAAGGGAGGAGAGAAGAUGUCAGUGGAGAGGGUGUACCAGAAGAAGACCCAGCUGGAGCACAUCCUGCUGAGGCCAGACACCUACAUCGGCUCUGUGGAACCUGUCACCCAGGUGAGUUAGGUUCAUCAUGACUCUGUGGAACCUGUCACCCAGGUGAGUUAGGUUCAUCAUGACUCUGUGGAACCUGUCACCCAGGUGAGUUAGGUUCAUCAUGGCUCUGUGGAACCUGUCACCCAGGUGAGUUAGGUUCAUCAUGACUCUGUGGAACCUGUCACCCAGGUGAGUUAGGUUCAUCAUGACUCUGUGGAACCUGUCACCCAGGUGAGUUAGGUUCAUCAUGACUCUGUGGAACCUGUCACCCAGGUGAGUUAGGUUCAUCAUGGCUCUGUGGAACCUGUCACCCAGGUGAGUUAGGUUCAUCAUGGCUCUGUGGAACCUGUCACCCAGGUGAGUUAGGUUCAUCAUGACUCUGUGGAACCUGUCACCCAGGUGAGUUAGGUUCAUCAUGACUCUUGGAACCUGUCACCCAGGUGAGUUAGGUUCAUCAUGGCUCUGUGGAACCUGUCACCCAGGUGAGUUAGGUUCAUCAUGGCUCUGUGGAACCUGUCACCCAGGUGAGUUAGGUUCAUCAUGACUCUGUGGAAACCUGUCACCCAGGUGAGUUAGGUUCAUCAUGGGCUCUGUGGAACCUGUCACCCAGGUGAGUUAGGUUCAUCAUGGCUCUGUGGAACCUGUCACCCAGGUGAGUUAGGUUCAUCAUGGCUCUGUGGAACCUGUCACCCAGGUGAGUUAGGUUCAUCAUGGCUCUGUGGAACCUGUCACCCAGGUGAGUUUAGGUUCAUCAUGGCUCUGUGGAACCUGUCACCCAGGUGAGUUAGGUUCAUCAUGGCUCUGUGGAACCUGUCACCCAGGUGAGUUAGGUUCAUCAUGACUCUGUGGAACCUGUCACCCAGGUGAGUUAGGUUCAUCAUGGCUCUGUGGAACCUGUCACCCAGGUGAGUUAGGUUCAUCAUGACUCUGUGGAACCUGUCACCCAGGUGAGUUAGGUUCAUCAUGGCUCUGUGGAACCUGUCACCCAGGUGAGUUAGGUUCAUCAUGGCUCUGUGGAACCUGUCACCCAGGUGAGUUAGGUUCAUCAUGGCUCUGUGGAACCUGUCACCCAGGUGAGUUAGGUUCAUCAUGGCUCUGUGGAACCUGUCACCCAGGUGAGUUAGGUUCAUCAUGGCUCUGUGGAACCUGUCACCCAGGUGAGUUAGGUUCAUCAUGGCUCUGUGGAACCUGUCACCCAGGUGAGUUAGGUUCAUCAUGACUCUGUGGAACCUGUCACCCAGGUGAGUUAGGUUCAUCAUGGCUCUGUGGAACCUGUCACCCAGGUGAGUUAGGUUCCUGUCACCCAGGUGAGUUAGGUUCCUGUCACCCAGGUGAGUUAGGUUCCUGUCACCCAGGUGAGUUAGGUUCAUCAUGGCUCUGUGGAACCUGUCACCCAGGUGAGUUAGGUUCAUCAUGGCUCUGUGGAACCUGUCACCCAGGUGAGUUAGGUUCAUCAUGGCUCUGUGGAACCUGUCACCCAGGUGAGUUAGGUUCAUCAUGGCUCUGUGGAACCUGUCACCCAGGUGAGUUAGGUUCAUCAUGACUCUGUGGAACCUGUCACCCAGGUGAGUUAGGUUCCUGUCACCCAGGUGAGUUAGGUUCCUGUCACCCAGGUGAGUUAGGUUCAUCAUGGCUCUGUGGAACCUGUCACCCAGGUGAGUUAGGUUCAUCAUGGCUCUGUGGAACCUGUCACCCAGGUGAGUUAGGUUCAUCAUGGCUCUGUGGAACCUGUCACCCAGGUGAGUUAGGUUCCUGUCACCCAGGUGAGUUAGGUUCAUCAUGGCUCUGUGGAACCUGUCACCCAGGUGAGUUUAGGUUCAUCAUGGCUCUGUGGAAACCUGUCACCCAGGUGAGUUAGGUUCAUCAUGGCUCUGUGGAACCUGUCACCCAGGUGAGUUAGGUUCAUCAUGGCUCUGUGGAACCUGUCACCCAGGUGAGUUAGGUUCAUCAUGGCUCUGUGGAACCUGUCACCCAGGUGAGUUAGGUUCAUCAUGACUCUGUGGAACCUGUCACCCAGGUGAGUUAGGUUCCUGUCACCCAGGUGAGUUAGGUUCCUGUCACCCAGGUGAGUUAGGUUCCUGUCACCCAGGUGGGUUAGGUUCAUCAUGACUCUGUGGAACCUGUCACCCAGGUGAGUUAGGUUCCUGUCACCCAGGUGAGUUAGGUUCCUGUCACCCAGGUGAGUUAGGUUCCUGUCACCCAGGUGAGUUAGGUUCCUGUCACCCAGGUGAGUUAGGUUCCUGUCACCCAGGUGAGUUAGGUUCAUCAUGGCUGUAGACGGCUAGGUUGUGUUCAGGAGGGUGCAACAGUAAACGAAAUUGUGAUUAUAAUUUUUUUCACUCUUGUUUUGUGCCUACUGAACUUGACUCAUAUUUUACACCAGUGGUCCCCACCUCCCCCCCAAACAUUUUCCAACGUUUUUUUAAGGAAUUCAGUUCGACUUUAAACUUAAAAUGUUUUUGUCAUUGCAUAGCUUAGAGAGCUACUUAUAACUUGUUAGGAAUGUCCAGAUAGACUAGCCCAUGUCAGCGAACGUUUUUUUAUGUAGGUUUUUUUUGCCCAUAGAUAUUGUUGUAAUUUUUUAGUCACUCAAAUAUCACAUGAAUACACAUUAGAUAUGGCAAAAUGUGUAGAAUUGCAAGUAAAUUAGCUCUAAAACUGCUGAAUGUUCUUUGCACCCCAUGACAAAAUGUCUAGUAUUGCAGGGAGUAAGUUUUAAACCUGCAAAAUUCUCUCCACCGACAAGAGGGGUGUGAACAGUUUGUGUCAUGAACAGUGCUUGUGCCCAUAGAAAUAGACGUUCCACUUGCUGGAAGGGGGGUCCCGAGUGGAAAAGUUUGGGAACCCCUGUUCUACACAACGUUAGUCACAACAACAUCCAGUUCUGUAGCUAGAUCUAACAGAGAAAUCUGGUGUUGCUCUUUGUUGUUGAUGCGUAGUCAAAUAUUAUGAAUGGUUGAUCAAUAAACGUAUCUAUUUCAGCAAAUGUGGGUUUUCGAUGAAGACCUUGGGAUGAAUCUACGAGAAAUCACCUACGUCCCUGGAUUAUACAAAAUCUUUGAUGAAAUUCUUGGUAAGUCUAUCAGGGUCUUUUAAAGCAGGACACACACAGGUAACAAGGUUGUCAUUAUGAACGAGCCAUAGCCCUCAGCUCAUUGUUGUUAGGCUAAAUGUUAUUACUCAGUUAUUAUAUCAGGCCCAGUUAUUACUGUGAUGGCCUCUGAUGGACAUUCCCUCAAGAAGUAGCAGGUAGCCUAAUAGUUAGCCGAAAGGUCGCUGGAUCGAGUCCCCGAGCAGACUAGGUGAGAAAUCACCUUGAGCAAGGCACUUAACCCUAAUUUCUCCUGUAAGUCUCUCUGGAUAAGAGCGGCUGCUAAUUGACUAAAAUGUAAAUGUAAGAGAACAUAAAGAUUUCAAUUGUUUGAGGUAGAUUCUAUUUUAGGCAGACUUUUCUAUGUCAGUUGACCAGUUGCAGUAGAAUCCAGCGCUAGUCUCGCUUAUGUGUUUGGCUGACUGGCACAUUAACAUGGUGUACAACCAAUUAUUGUACCGGAAAAUGUUAGGGUUCUGCAUUGAUGAAAAGAUGAAUACCCCUGUCCUGUAACAGUAUGUUUAUACCAGGCACUACCUUGAGCGAUCAAACUACUGGAAAUCUGUAAUAUGCAAUGAAAGGAGACAUGAGAAGACAUUGAGUUUUUUGCUCCACACUCUGUGUUCAUUUAGCUGUUUUAUAGUGGUGAAAAGGUCAUGACAGCAGUCUGUCCUCACUGCCCAAAUAUUCACUAGUUCCUACCACAUCUAUGUAAUUACUUACUAGACAUAACUCAAACAGGGUCAGUCACACAUAACGUCACAUUAUGACUGAAGCAAAGGCUUGAAAUGAAACAAGCCAACCAAACCGUAUAACACACAGGAGACUUGACUGAGGCAAUUCGACUUUUCAAUAUGUUUUCUGUAUGAGAGACUUGCUGAAAGGAUGUGGUUUUGGAUUUUAUAGGCCAGGCAACAUUUAGGCUAUUCAUUCUCAAGUGUGUCUAAAGCUCUUGAUGAAAAUGCCAGUCCCAGGUAUCUUCUCCAUAGAUUCCAUCAACCCAAUCGAAUCCCUGCAGUCUACUGCUUCUCAUUUGAACAUGUUUUUCUCUACUCCACAGUCAACGCGGCCGACAACAAACAGCGAGAUAAGAACAUGUCGACCAUAAAGAUCUCCAUUGAUCCGUAAGUACACAUGCUUAGGAAGCAGUUGUCAAUCAUUAGUGAAGUCCAAAAACCAUACAGUGCAUGCUGCUUAGGUAGGCACAGCAGUUUCUCUCUGUUGCAGUUAGUUGUCAUGCAUCCGUCAUUAUCAUAAGUCCUGUUUAACAGUCCUGUUUUGUGCCGGCAAAGCCCUCUGCUCGCCUUGAGGUUGUGUGUAGGAAUCAAAUCAUUUGAGCAUAGCAGCACCACCCCAAAAAAUUGCGCAGUGCAUGCUGCCUAGGUAGGUGCAUCGGCUUCCCUUCAUUGGAAAACAAUGGCUCGCCCAAUGCCAUUUUUGCUGUUAGAAUGUGAAAGCCCUUUAAUAAAAUAGUUGGUCAGUUUGGAAUAUUUUUACUCUGUACAGGCUUCCUUCUUUUCACUCUGUCAAUUAGGAGAUUAGUAUUGUGGAGUAACUACAAUGUUGUUGAUCCAUCUUCAGUUUUCACCUAGCACAGCCAUUAAACUCUGUAACUGUUUUAGUGACUGGGUGUAUUGAUACACCAUCCAAAGUGUAAUAACUGCACCAUGCUCAAAGGGAUAUUCGAUGUCUGCUUUUCUUUUAACCCAUCUACCAAUAGGUGCCCUUCUUUGCGAGGGCAUUGAAAAACCUCCCUGGUCUUUGUGGUUGAAUCUGUUUGAAAAUCACUGCUCGACUGAGGGACCUUAUAGAUAAUUGUAUGUGUGGGGUACAAAGAUGAGGUAGUCAUAAAAAAAUAAUGGUAAACACUAUUAUUGCACACAGAGUGAAUCCAUGCAAUUUAUUAUGUGACUUGUUAAGCACAUUUUUACUCCUAAACUAAUUUAGGCUUGCCAUAAUAAAGGGGUUGAAUACAUUUCAGCCUUUCAUUAAUUUGUAAGAUUUUCAAAAAACAUUAUUCCACUUUGACAUUAUGGGGUAUUGUGUGUAGGCCAGUGACCAAACAAUCUAAAUUUAAUACAUUUAAAAUUCAGGCUGUAAUACAGCAAAAUGUGGAAGAAGUCAAGGUGUGUGAAUCCUUUCUGAAGGCACUGUAUCAAGGCAUGAGGAUCUUUCUGUGGGUGGAUGUCUUUGAAAAAUGUGGAGUAUCCAUUUUGUUGAAGUGAUCUGACCACUGUGAUGUGUGUGUUAAAGUCCGCGUUGUGCAUGGUUCAGCGGAGUAUUUAGCCGUACAUUGAUGGUGGAGGGGCUUAGGGAGAACAGAGUGAAGACGUGGAGGAGAGAGAAGUGCAAGAGGAGAAAGAGAUGAGAGGGGAGCGGUGGAGAGGUAAGAUAGGAGAGGAGUUGGAAGAGAGAAAAGAGGACCAUGGAGAGGAGAGAGACAGGGAGGUACUGUAGAGGAUGAUAGAUCUCUGGGUAGAGAGAGACAGGGAGGUACUGUAGAGGAUGAUAGAUCUCUGGGUAGAGAGAGACAGGGAGGUACUGUAGAGGAUGAUAGAUCUCUGGGUAGAGAGAGACAGGGAGGUACUGUAGAGGAUGAUAGAUCUCUGGGUAGAGAGAGACAGGGAGGUACUGUAGAGGAUGAUAGAGCUCUGGGUAGAGAGAGACAGGGAGGUACUGUAGAGGAUGAUAGAGCUCUGGGUAGAGAGAGACAGGGAGGUACUGUAGAGGAUGAUAGAUCUCUGGGUAGAGAGAGACAGGGAGGUACUGUAGAGGAUGAUAGAUCACUGGGUAGAGAGAGACAGGGAGGUACUGUAGAGGAUGAUAGAGCUCUGGGUAGAGAGAGACAGGGAGGUACUGUAGAGGAUGAUAGAGCUCUGGGUAGAGAGAGACAGGGAGGUACUGUAGAGGAUGAUAGAUCUCUGGGUAGAGAGAGACAGGGAGGUACUGUAGAGGAUGAUAGAUCUCUGGGUAGAGAGAGACAGGGAGGUACUGUAGAGGAUGAUAGAUCUCUGGGUAGAGAGAGACAGGGAGGUACUGUAGAGGCUGAUAGAUCUGGGUAGGUGUUAAGGAACAGUGGGUUCUGGAAUUCAGGGAGCUCAUUUAACAUGCUGUUCACCUACGGCACGGCAUCCACAGCAAUCUGCCGAACGCACGCACGCAUUCCUCUGGCGCUUCUCUCCGUACGCACACACACACACACACACACACACACACACACACACACACACACACACACACACACACACACACACACACACAGUCUUCUCCCUGUGAGGCCUGUCUGCACGUCUCUCUCUCUCUCUAAAAGGCCCUGUCAUAUCUCUCCUCUUAUGCACUCUGGACAUGCAUUGGUAGUCCCAAACUCGCUAACGAUCAUCAGGUCGCUAAUGGCCUGGUACUCAGGGCUCUAUUGUCCCUCUAACUGAGUGGAAAACAUGAUCAUAGUGGAUGUUGUAAAGGUGUCCGCAUGCUUCCCAGCCAAAACAGUUCUGAAGAGUUUGUGCAUAUAUUAUGAAGUUUUUGUUCAUUUAGGACUUCGGUAAGGGUUUUGUCAGUUCGGGCACAAAUUUUUUCUUGAGGCAAGUCUAUGCCGCUUCGUCGGUGAUUGGUCAACAGUAAGGUUUCUUUAGUAAAGUUCUUCUUGUCAUUCAAUGAGAGACGACUUGUUUUCAUGCACAUUGUUUGGUGCAGUAUUUCUAAAUAAAACAUCUUAGUUAGAUGUAAAAUUGCGCGACUAAGAUCUCUUUGACAAAAACGUCAAAAUGAAUGACAGAUUUCUUGCGUUAUCUUAGAUUAAUUCUGACUUUUGAGGAAGUGUAUACUGCUAUGGCAUCUCAAAAUGGACAAACAGUACUAUUUCUGUUUUUUUUCUCCUUUUUCAAGCGAAUGUCUGUUAAGGGAGUAUGCGAGCACACUCGUUCGCCUAGCUGACUUCGGCUAGCCGCCAGCCGAACUGAAGCAUGCUGACACCUUCACACAACGAAAUGGACAGCACUUUCUAAGGUGAUGAUUAAUUCAAAACAGCCAUAUGCAUAUUAGAGCUUAUUCAAAACAGCGCCCCUGUACUGUACUAUAGACCUAUACCGAAAAAAUAAAAACAAUAUUUAAAAUAAUUGUGCCGUUAUACAAUACAUAGCCUACUGCAUAUUAUGCACGGCUGAUUUAAGGCUGACACAUUACCUUUUAGCUACAUAAUAUCUCAUCACCGUGCAUUUCCAUCUCCUCCCCUCUCUCCUUCAUUCCUUUCUCGAAUGCGCAGAGAGAGGGGUUGUCAACACUUUAAUGAAAUAUGUUUCGUUGUGAAAACAUGUUACUAUUGAUGUUCCCGAACAGAUUUCACUUGGUUUCCCAAAUUAAGCACUGGGUAGCUACAGGAACCUGGUUGGAGAGCCCAUGGCAUACAGAGUUUGGGCAGAUAAUCACCUGUCGCUCAGCAGCCUCCUCAAACUGUGGUUGAUGUGUGGAGUGAAAUAACCGGAGUAGCCUACGCGGCAUGAGUGAAAAACAAACCAGCAGGAAGUGGCCUCCAUUCACUAUUCGAGUGCAUAUGGAUAACUCUAAAUCUAGUGUAUAAGGCCUGUUUCAAAUGAUAACUUUUACGCUCAACCUAGCCACUUCAUAUGUUCACUCACUCCAGAAUGGGAAAAAUAUCCUUUCUAUUUUAUUCAGCUAUGUUCAAUUAUAUUCUUCUUACUAUAAAAUCAUAUAAUAUAAAAUAAUUGCAUGGGACCUGUGGAGGAUCCUAAGAUGAGGAAGGGGAGGACCAUCCUCAGUGAAUUUCAUAAAAAUAAAGAAACAUUAAAAAAUGUUAUCCUUUUUAGAUAAAACUAUACUAAAUAUAUUCAUAUUUAUUUUUUUAACACACUGUUUUGCAAUGAAUGUCUACAGUAGACUAAGUAGCACUCUGCAUGGUAGCACCAUGGUGUAGCCAGAGGAAAGCUAACUUCUGUUCUCCUUUGGGUACAUUGACUUCAAUACAAACCUAGGAGGCUCAUGGUUCUCACCCCCUUCCAUAAACUUACACAGUAAUUAUGACAGGUUGGAGGACGUCCUCCAGAAGUUAUCAGAGCUCUUGCAGCAUGAACUGACAUGUUGUCCACCCAAUCAUAGGAUCAGAGAAUGGAUCUAGUACUGAAAGCAUAAGCUACAGCUAGCUAGCACUGCAGUGCAUAAAAUGUGGUGAGUAGUUGACUCAAAGAGAGAGAGUUUCUUCCUAAAUUAAUAGCGAGAGAGCUAUAUUUCGUAGAAUAUCUUUUUUCACUUCUCUUACUUAGCUAGAGUCUAAUGCAGCUAGCUAGUUUAGCCUACUCAAACACCCGGCUCAAACAGAGAGGGAUGCUAUGUUAGCUAGCUGGCUAUGGCUGUCCAACACUGGAACUCUUCCAAGUCAAGGUAAGCUUUUGGUUUUAUUAAUUUAUUGCCACACGGGCCUGCCGGUGUAACUGCUAAACUGCUUGCUGCUGACUGUACACUAUACUGCAUUGUAGCGGGUUUACUAACGCGUUAGUUCUAGUAGCUAUGUUGACUAUGACGCGUGACAACGAUGUAGGCUGUGUGUAGCGGUUAGCGGUCAUGAUAUGAAGGUUUGGCGCCUGGUCACAGACAGCUGAUGUGUUGUGCACUGAAGUCCACAAGCCAAGGGAAAAGGUGAGAGGAGGAGAGCGUGUAGCUAGAUGCGAGAAUAAAUUAUACAACGACCUGUUUGUAUGUGGCUGCUAUGAAAGUGAACUGUGUUCGAGUGUGAUCAGGGGUUUAUUCAUUGUGCCAAUUCUGUUGAAUUUUUUUUUUCUUAAAUGGAAUGGAACUGGGAUAAACAUAAAUGUUAUAAAUUGAUUUGCAUUUUAAUGAGGGAAAUAAGUAUUUGACACCCUCUCAAAGGGAGUGCUCCUAAUCUCAGCUUGUUACCUGUAUAAAAGACACCUGUCCACAGAAGCAAUCAAUCAAUCAGAUUCCAAACUCUCCACCAUGGCCAAGACCAAAGAGCUAUCCAAUGAUGUCAGGGACAAGAUUGUAGACCUACACAAGGCUUGAAUGGGCUACAAGACCAUCGCCAAGCAGCUUGGUGAGUAGGUGACAACAUUUGGUGCGAUUAUUCGCAAAUGGAAGAAAGACAAAAGACCUGUCAGUCUCCCUUGGCCUGGGGCUCCAUGCAAGAUCUCACCUCAUGGAGUUGCAAUGAUCAUGAGAAUGGUGAGGAAUCAGCCCAGAACUACACGGGAGGAUCUUGUCAAUGAUCUCAAGGCAGCUCAAUCAAUCAAUCAAUCAAUUUUAUUUUAUAUAGCCCUUCUUACAUCAGCUAAUAUCUCGAAGUGCUGUACAGAAACCCAGCCUAAAACCCCAAACAGCUAGUAAUGCAGGUGUAGAAGCACCAAGAAAACAAAAUAGUCACCAAGAAAACAAUUGGUAACACACUACGCCGUGAAGGACUGAAAUCCUGCAGCGCCCGCAAGGUCCCCCUGCUCAAGAAAGCACAUAUACAGGGCUGUCUGAAGUUUGCCAAUGAACAUCUGAAUGAUUCAGAGGAGAACUGGGUGAAAGUGUUGUGGUCAGAUGAGACCAAAAUCGAGCUCUUUGGCAUCAACUCAACUCGCCGUGUUUGGGGACAGGACAACUUCACCAUAUCAAAGGAACGAUGGACGGGGCCAUGUACCGUCAAAUCUUGGGUGAGAACCUCCUUCCCUCAGCCAGGGCAUUGAAAAUGGGUCGUGGAUGGGUAUUCCAGCAUGACAAUGACCCAAAACACACGGCCAAGGCGACAAAGGAGUGGCUCAAGAAGAAGCACAUUAAGGUCCUGGAGUGGCCUAGCCAAUCUCCAGACCUUAAUCCCAUAGAAAAUCUGUGGAGGGUGCUGAAGGUUCGAGUUACCAAACGUCAGCCUCGAAACCUUAAUGACUUGGAGAAGAUCUGCAAAGAGGAGUGGAACAAAAUCCCUCCUGAGAUGUGUGCAAACCUGGUGGCUAACUACAAGAAACGUCUGACCUCUGUGAUAGCCAACAAGGGUUUUGCCACCAAGUACUAAGUCAAUGUUUUGCAGAGGGGUCAAAUACUUAUUUCCCUCAUUAAAAUGCAAAUAAAUUCAUAACAUUUUUGACAUGCAUUUUUCUGGAUUUUUGUGUUGUUAUUCUGUCUCUCACUGUUCAAAUAAACCUACCAUUAAAAAUUAUAGACUGAUCAUGUCUUUGUCAGUGGGCAAACAUACAAAAUCAGCAGGGGAUCAAAUACUUUUUUCCCUCACUGUACCUAAAUUUGUCCAAUAGAAACUCUUGUUUGCAACUGUUGGACUAAUGAUUACGCCUUAGAUCAGCUAGAUGCAGGCAAGAGGGUGCAAGGCGGUAUUGAAUGUGUCAAUGUCUGUCACCUUGAUUACUCAAAUUCUCUCGACCUGUGCACCUACGUUGUAAACUUUCAUUCGUAGGCUAGGUUGUAGCAACCUCAUGAUGGGUACAGGGAAAAUGACAGUAUCAUGUAGUAGCCUAAACCUAUGGAUGAUACAUUGAGCAGGUUCAAUGGAAUAUGAAUGACAGUCAUCCAAUAUGCUGUAAUAGAAAUAAGGCCAUGCUCAGAAAGAAACGAUCAUCCUCCCUCAUCUUAAACGGCACCGACCGCCACUGCACGGGACUGUUAAAUGAACAAGCCUACAGCCUAUGGCAUGGCGCAUAGUCAGAUAACAGACAGUAGGCCAACUCAUAUUCUGUUCUUCUGAAAUACGUUUUCUUCAUAUCAUAAUGUUCCUUAGACCUGCCUAAAAAUAAGGGAUUUAUUGUAAUGGUGUAUAUUAAACUGAUUUAUUAGACUGUAGAUGUUUUAAAAAAUUUAGAUGUUCCAAGGGUGUGCAUCAGUGGCUUGUAUGCAUGGAGGCCUGGAGAUGCUUACCAUUUAUGUUAAUUAACGGUCAAUUACCGUGAGACCGGCAGUCUUUUGCAUGACAAUAACCGGCUGACAAAAUUUCAUGACCGCCACAAUCUAAAGGUUAGUACAUCUAAAUGGAAAUACGUAAUGGUUAUUCAAGUUGGGUCAUGAUGUUUCUGUCUGUCCUGUGAAGUUCUUCUGCAUGCAUUGUUUAUCCCUCCUUAAUAUUCCUACGUUCAUCAUCCCCCUCUCCUCUCUUCCCUCAGUGAGUCCAACACCAUAAACAUCUGGAACAAUGGUAAAGGCAUCCCCGUGGUGGAACACAAAGAUGAGAAGAUGUACGUUCCUGCUCUCAUUUUCGGACACCUCCUCACCUCCAGUAACUACGACGACGAGCAGAAGAAAGUCACAGGUGACAAAAUCACUCUGAAAACGAGAAUCUAAUUAAUGUAUUAUUUAUGUAUUUAUUGUCCAUUUGUGGAACACCAUUUCAUAUGGAUUCCAUACAGCUUCAGACAGAACUUCUAACCUAAACCAUUUUUACUGUCUGCUUUUAUGAUCUCAACUGAAUAGUUUUGUAGUGCCCCUUGCAGUGCUUAGUAACACAACACUGGAAUGAGUGAAUGACUAUAGCUCUUCAAGGACAAUCUCUCCAUAGAUGAAAGCAUGUCUCUCUUCUGUUUUCCUCCUAGGUGGAAGGAACGGGUACGGUGCUAAACUCUGCAAUAUUUUCAGCACAAAGUUCACAGUGGAAACCGCCUGCAAAGAGUACAAACACAGCUUCAAACAGGUACAGACGACGAGAAAGCACAGUGUGAUUUGACAUCUGUUGAAAAGAACAUUCAUCAAACAGCUGAACUCCAUUUGAUGUUUUGUAGGAGUACAGUAUGUGACUUGAAAACAUAUAAGGGGGCGAGUAUGAGUUGAUUUGCACUGUCGGGUGUGGUCACACAGGAUUUUUAUGUUGAUUAUUGUAGGAUUCUGCAUAGUUUUGGGGGAUUUAGGUUAUUUCUGUUGUCUUUGUUUACAGUGAGGGAAAAAAGUAUUUGAUCCCCUGCUGAUUUUGUACGUUUGCCCACUGACAAAGAAAUGAUCAGUCUAUAAUUUUAAUGGUAGGUUUAUUUGAACAGUGAGAGACAGAAUAACAACAAAACAAUCCAGAAAAACGCAUGUCAAAAAUGUUAUAAAUUGAUUUGCAUUUUAAUGAGGGAAAUAAGUAUUUUACCUCCUCUCAAUCAGAAAGAUUUCUGGCUCCCAGGUGUCUUUUACACAGGUAACGAGCUGAGAUUAGGAGCACACUCUUAAAGGGAGUGCUCCUAAUUUCAGUUUGUUACCUGUAUAAAAGACACCUGUCCACAGAAGCAAUCAAUCAAUCAGAUUCCAAACUCUCCACCAUGGCCAAGACCAUAGAGCUCUCCAAGGAUGUCAGGGACAAGAUUGUAGACCUACACAAGGCUGGAAUGGGCUACAAGACCAUCGCCAAGCAGCUUGGUGAGAAGGUGACAACGGUUGGUGCGAUUAUUCGCAAAUGGAAGAAACACAAAAUAAAUGUCAAUCUCCCUCGGCCUGGGGCUCCAUGCAAGAUCUCACCUCGUGGAGUUGCAAUGAUCAUGAGAACGGUGAGGAAUCAGCCCAUAACUACACAGGAGGAUCUUGUCAAUGAUCUCAAGGCAGCUGGGACCAUAGUCACCAAGAAAACAAUUGGUAACACACUACGCCGCGAAGGACUGAAAUCCUGCAGCGCCCGCAAGGUCCCCCUGCUCAAGAAAGCACAUAUACAGUGCAGUCUGAAGUUUGCCAAUGAACAUCUGAAUGAUUCAGAGGAGAACUGGGUGAAAGUGUUGUGGUCAGAUGAGACCAAAAUCGAGCUCUUUGGCAUCAACUCAACUCGCCGUGUUUGGAGGAGGAGGAAUGCUGCCUAUGACCCCAAGAACACCAUCCACACCGUCAAACAUGGAAGUGGAAACAUUAUGCUUUGGGGGUGUUUUUCUGCUAAGGGGACAGGACAACUUCACCGCAUCAAAUGGACGAUGGACGGGGCCAUGUACCGUCAAAUCUUGGGUGAGAACCUCCUUCCCUCAGCCAGGGCAUUGAAAAUGGGUCGUGGAUGGGUAUUCCAGCAUGACAAUGACCCAAAACACACGGCCAAGGCAACAAAGGAGUGGCUCAAGAAGAAGCACAUUAAGGUCCUGGAGUGGCCUAGCCAGUCUCCAGACCUUAAUCCCAUAGAAAAUCUGUGGAGGGAGCUGAAGGUUCGAGUUGCCAAACGUCAGCCUCGAAACCUUAAUGACUUGGAGAAGACCUGCGAAGAGGAGUGGAACAAAAUCCCUCCUGAGAUGUGUGCAAACCUGGUGGCCAACUACAAGAAACAUCUGACCUCUGUGAUUGCCAACAAGGGUUUUGCCACCAAGUACUAAGUCAUGUUUUGCAGAGGGGUCAAAUACUUAUUUCCCUCAUUAAAAUGCAAAUCAAUUUAUAACAUUUUUGACAUGUGUUUUUCUGGAUUGUUUUGUUGUUAUUCUGUCUCUCACUGUUCAAAUAAACCUACCAUUAAAAUUAUAGACUGAUCAUGUCUUUGUCAGUGGGCAAACGUACAAAAUCAGCAGGGGAUCAAAUACUUUUUUCCCUCACUGUAUGUGGUUUGUCCUACAAUUGUCACUUUCAAUGAAAUGACUCACCAGAGUUUGUUCAAUCAGUUUCACAAGGCUUUUUAUUAACUUGUAUCUCUUUUGAUGGAAUUUCACCAUACAACCUCAUGAUUAAUUCUAGUUUCCUUAGCAUGUGAAGAAGUAGUGAAUUUCAUUACAAUCUCUGUCCCUCUCUUUCUCUCUCCCUCCCUAGACCUGGCAGAACAACAUGGGCAAGACGAGCGACCCCAAGAUCAAGUUCUUUGACGGGGACGACUUCACGUGUGUGACCUUCCAGCCGGACCUGUCCAAGUUCAAGAUGGAGAAGCUAGACAAGGACAUCGUGGCUCUGCUCACCAAGAGGGCCUACGACAUCGCUGGCUCCUGCAAGGGCGUCAAAGUCAUGCUCAACGGGAAGAAACUCCCUGUAAGUCUCCCCCACCCCAUGUAACCGCACAUAGUAAGAUGGGCUGGCCCAUAUACACAGACAACAUGCUGUACAUAAGGUGCCAAGUCUUGGAAGACCCUGGGCAAAAAGUUUUGGACUUUAAAUAAAACAGCUCAUUUCACUACACCUGUUUCAAUACAAUGUAAUUUGCUAAUAACCUUUACAGAACCGGUGCCACUAUCCAGACCCGGUUUAGGCUCCUCUCACCUGUCCUUGUCGUCUCAGGUGACAGGGUUCCGCAGCUAUGUGGACCUGUACGUGAAGGAUAAGCUGGACGAGGUGGGCGUGGCCCUAAAGGUGGUCAACGAGUCCGUCAACGAGCGCUGGGAAGUGUGUCUUACCAUGAGUGAGAAGGGAUUCCAACAGAUCAGCUUCGUCAACAGUAUUGCCACCACCAAGGUAACAUCCCCUCAGGGAAUGAUGUUGUUAAGUCAGUCUGUUAUACACUGCAUUCAGAAAGUAUUUACACCACUUGAUUUUUCCACAUUUUGUUACGUUACAGCCUUAUUCUAAAAUCUACACACAAUACCCCAUAAUGACAGAGCAAAAACAGAUUUAUUCCAAAAACAAUUGCGUUUCUUACAAAUAAAAAACGGAAAUAUUACAUUUACAUAAGUGUUCCGACCCUUUACUCAGUACUUUGGCAGCGAUUACAGCAUUGAGUCUUCUUGGGUAUGACGCUACAAGCUUGGCACACCUGUAUUUGGGGAGUUUAUCCCAUUCUUCUCUGCAGAUCCUCUCAAGCUUUGUCAGGUUGGAUGGGGAGCGUCGCUGCACAACUAUUUUCAGGUCUCUCCAGAGAUAUUAGAUUGGGGUAAAGUCCAGGCUCUGGCUGGGCCACUCAAGGACAUUCAGAGACUUGUCCCGAAGCCACUCCUGCGUUUUCUUGGCCGUGUGCUUAGGGUCUCAUUGUCCUGUUGGAAGGUGAAUCUUUGCCCCAGUCUGAGGUCCUGAGUGCUCUGGAGCAGGUUUUCAUCAAGGAUCUCUCUGUACUUUGCUCCGUUCAUCUUUCCCUUGAUCCUGACUAGUCUCCCAGUCCCUGUCACUGAAAAACAUCCCCACAGCAUGAUGCUGCCACCAACAUGCUUCACCGUAGGGACGGGGCCAGGUUUCCUCCAGACGUGACUUUUGCCUAUCAGGCCAAAGAGUUCAAUCUUGGUUUCAUCAGACCAGAGAAUCUUGUUUGUCAUGGUCUGCGAGUCUUUAGAUGCCUUUUGGCAAAUGCCAAGCAGGCUGUCAUGUGCCUUUUACUGAGGAAUGGCUUCCGUCUGGCCACUCUACCAUAAAGGCCUGAUUGUUGGAGUGCUGCAGAGAUGGUUGUCCUUCUGGAAGGUUCUCCCAUCUCCACAGAGGAACUCUGGACCUGUGUCAGAGUGACCAUCGGGUUCUUGGUCACCUCCCUGACCAAGGCCCUUCUCCCCCGAUUGCUCAGUUUGGCUGGGCGGCCAGCUCUAGGAAGAGUCUUGGUGGUUCCAAACUUCUUCCAUUUAAGAAUGAUGGAGGCCACUGUGUUCUUGGGGACCUUCAAUGCUGCAGACAUUUGUUGUACCCUUCUCCAGAUCUGUGCCUCGACACAAUCCUGUCUCGGAGCUCUACGGACAAUUCCUUUGACCUCAUGGCUUGGCACUGUCAACUGGGGACUUUUAUAUAGACAGGUGUGUGCCUUUCCAAAUCAUGUCCAAUCAAUUGAAUUUACCACAGGUGGACUCUAAUCAAUUUGGAGAAACAUCUCAAGGAUGAUCAAUGGAAACAGGAUGCACCUGAGCUCAAUUUCGAGUCUCAUAGCAAAGGGUCUGAAUACUUAUGUAAAUAAGGUAUUUUUUAAAUUUAUUUUUUAUACAUUUGCCAAAAUUUCUAAAAACCUGUUUUCGCUUUGUCAUUAUGGGGUAUUGUGUGUAGAUUAAUGUGGAUAUUUGCAAAAAUAUAUAUUUUAGAAUAAGACUAACACAAAGUCAAGGGGUCUGAAUACUUUACGAAUGCACUGUAUUACCAGAAAUAUACCCUUUGAUUUGGAAAACUAUGACUUGACCAAUCUAGGAAUAAUGGACAGAAAUGAAGUGCUAUUUGCAUGUGUAAAUAUACUGAGAUGAGUGUGCAUUUUGAUGGUAUUCACAUCUUGGAGUAUGACUUGAAUCACUUUCAACCACAUCAGACAUGUUUUAUGUACUACACUGCUUGUUUUGUGCCAUUCAGGGUGGCAGACACAUUGAUUACGUGGUGGACCAGAUCGUAGCCAAGCUGAUAGAAGUGGUGAAGAAGAAGAACAAAGCUGGUGUCUCAGUCAAACCCUUCCAGGUUAGUUAUUACUAUCUUAUUACUGUGUUAUUACUAUGUUACUACAAAAGUGUUAGUAGUAAUUACAUUCUUACUACACUGGAAUAGGAGCAAUCUAAUGUAAAGUUUGGUCAAUCUUAAUGCUUUGUUUUCCUCUACAUCAGGUGAAGAACCACAUCUGGGUGUUUGUGAAUGCGUUGAUCGAGAACCCGACCUUUGACUCCCAGACCAAGGAGAACAUGACUCUCCAGACCAAGAGCUUUGGUUCUAAGUGCCCUCUGUCUGAGAAGUUUAUCAGAGCGGUAAAUUACUUUUCUUCACCACAAUGAGAUAUCACUACCUCCUACAUGUAUACAUCCUAUGUUGGGCAUUUAUUCUCCACAUACACUGCUUCCUCACAGAGAAAGUCAAGUUAUUUAGAUUGAAUUGAAAUCAUAUGAUCACUAAAAUCUGUUCCAUGUCCUCUUGUGUUCUCGGUUCACCUGGAGUAUUAAACAAUGAUAUAUCAUGUUCAAUUCUUUAUUUUGUCUGCAGGCGACUAACUGUGGCAUCGUGGAGAGUAUCCUGAACUGGGUGAAGUUCAAGGCCCAGACACAACUCAACAAGAAGUGUUCUUCAGUGAAGCACAGCAAGAUUAAAGGCAUCCCCAAGCUGGAUGACGCCAACGAUGCCGGUAAGGCAACCACAACUACUCUGCGCUGUGUGUAUAAGCCCUACUGUGUUCGUAAUCUACUUAUCCACCAAGAGGGCCUAUUUUACCAAAUGUUUAUAUUGAAACUAGUUGAAGAUAUUUAAUUGGGCUGGGGGAACAGAGCUAGGCGGUUGGGCCCCACCCCACUUAUAAUUUUGUUGGGGAAACACGAGAUUGUUUAAACACACACUGAACUGCGCGUCUUACCUCCGUCUUCACCCCUAGGUGGUAAACACUCUUCAGAAUGCACUCUGAUCCUGACUGAGGGAGACUCAGCCAAGUCCCUGGCCGUCUCCGGCCUCGGCGUCAUCGGGCGAGAUCGCUAUGGUGUCUUCCCACUAAGAGGAAAGAUCCUGAAUGUACGAGAGGCCACACACAAACAGGUGAGUGACUAGAGAGCCGUUCGGUUGGUCUGGGAGAGUGUAUGGGUGAUUGCAAUCUAAAUGAUUCAAGUAGCUAUCGGGCGUACACCACAAUAAUAAAUGAUCUUGUAAACAGAUAAAUACAAAAGGGAUUUACAUCAAUUAUUUCCCAAAUGUGGCGCAAGAACCAUUCCGAUCAACUGAAAAUGUAAAUUGAGAUCAACUGAAGCCAAACUCUUUUAGGUAGUGUCCACCAGAGCUAGGGUGGCCCACCCUGCCUAUAUUAUGGUAGGGGAAACACUGACACAUACAUUUCUCUUUCCCUCCAGAUCAUGGAGAACGCAGAGAUCAACAACAUCAUCAAGAUCGUGGGUCUGCAGUACAAGAAGAGCUACGAGGACCCAGAGUCUCUGAGAUCCCUACGCUACGGCAAGAUCAUGAUCAUGACCGAUCAGGUUCUAACACUUAAUCAAUCCCAUCAACGACUGACGUCUAAAAUUGACCGAUGUCUUGUAAUUAUCAUAGUCAAUAAUUGUAGUAACAAUACAUACAUUAUGCACGCUCAAAGCCUUGUUUUGUUGAACUUACACUCUCUUAAGGUUGAUCUGCAAUGGCACGCUAUUCCCUAUAUAGUAUGGUGUAGCGCACCAAAGGUAGUGCGCUACAUAUGGAAUAGGGUAUGAUUUUGGACAUACCCUUGGGUCAUAACAAUCCAUACUAAUAGUGUGUGUUUGGGUUGAUUAUCUGCUGACAGGAUCAAGAUGGCUCCCAUAUCAAGGGUUUGCUCAUCAACUUCUUCCAUCACAACUGGCCAUCCCUGCUCAAACACACCUUCCUGGAGGAGUUCAUCACGCCCAUCGUUAAGGUAAGACUCACACAGGUAAUAGCAGGGGUUCUGGACUAUUACACACAUUCUAUACAGAUUCAAAGUAAGAUUUAUACAUUGGAACAGCCGGUGCCAAUUUUCUCCCUACCACUUCCCCUUGGCUCGAACUCUUCAGUGUUUGCAAAUCUACACUGACCGAAACCUCCAUCAUAGGACAAGGACUACAUGAUAGUCUUGACUGCUGAUGUCAGCUUAUGGCAACUAACUUUAAACUGUUAUAACACAAACAACGUUUAGAUUGGCAUGACUUAAAUUUAGCAAACAUGGUUGUAAUUCUGCUUUUAACUCUUUCCUGCAGGUGAACAAGAAUAAGCAGGAGUUUGCUUUCUACAGCAUUCCAGAGUUUGACGAAUGGAAGAAACAGACGGUCAACUUUAAAACCUGGCAUAUAAAGUACUACAAAGGUAUGUUCAUCAUGUGGAUAUUCCUCCAAACUAACCAUUAUUGUUAGAAGGUAUUCUGUUUCACACUACUGAGGCAAUUCGGGCCAAGCCCUACUGUGCUGGCCUGAAUAUACGUCCACCAUAGUUACUGGAGCAUGCUGGAAAGGACAAUGUGGAAAAUAUAUAUCUGAGCCUGUUAGCAUAAUUUGGGUUGGCACGGUAAUGUGAAAAGGGUUUGAGUGUUCGUUUGUUUGUGUUCCAGGUUUGGGUACCAGCACAAGCAAGGAGGCCAAGGAGUACUUUGCAGACAUGGAGAAACACCGGAUCAUGUUCAGAUACGCCGGGACAGAGGACGAUGCUGCCAUCACACUGGUGGGUUUAACAUGGAUACCAUGUCUCUCUCCUUUCCCUGUCAUGGUCUUUGAACACUGUUUCAGUAAAUGUACAGAAAAAAUGGCUAGAAAAGUUAGAAAAUCUAUUCUGAAAUGGCUCAAAUAUUUUUGAAAAUCUAUUCAUCAAGCUAGUUUUGCUUUCGCACAAACGUGAUUAGCGCUUUCUUCCAACCUUCUAUCAACUCACAACUUUGUUAUUUGUCUGUGUUCUGCUUAUGAAAUCCUUGCCAAAUGGAGAGAGGACUGACAGUGAUUUCAUUUGACUGACACUAACAGUGAUCUAUCCUUUGCUGUCGGUCUCUAGGCGUUCAGUAAGAAGAAGACUGACGACAGGAAGGAGUGGCUCACCAACUUCAUGGAGGACAGGAGACAGAGGAGGAUGCACGGCCUGCCAGAGGUGGGUGGGACUGACUGUGUGACCGACUGGGUUCAAACCCGGGUUUCCUGUAUGUCAAAGGAAAGAUUCACCCAUUUGUUUAUGUUAUAUCGUAUUUGUGCAUCUCUAAGCGAUGUUCUAUCAAUUCCCAGGGUCAUUUCUUGUUUUCAUAUGUAUCUGAGUUAUUCACCAUUCAAGCAGGCAGAAAUACAGCCAGUAUAACAAGUUUUGCAUACCUCCUAUAGCGUAAAUCUUCAGGUCUCUGCAACGGUUACUCAGCACUCAAGUGUGCUUCACUGAAACAUCUAGGUUCCAUCUGCAAUGUGAGAGACGGUCCAGAUCAUUCACAUCAGUGCAGAUGAAGGAAAGGAGAGGAGGGGAAGCAACAGACUAUUGAGAUGCGCCCUGUGAGAGACAUUUAGAUAUUGGAGUUUGAUUAAAGGAAGAGGAUGUAGACUGUUUAGAUCUUUCUGUUUUCAUACAGGCAUCUCUCCACCAUGGGAGUUACUUGGACCAUGAUUUAUCACAGCUCGUUUAGAGUCUUCUAGCUGGCUCAGAUUCACAAACAUCUGAUGGUUUCUGUGUUCCCCAGAUAUCCUAAGCAUUGAAAUGGAAAUAUCCCGAAAAUUCUCUCUUUACUGUUUAUCAUUGAUGUAAAGUAGCAGCUGCUUUCCCCAUGUGAAUCCCAUCAGAGCCAGGUCUAACACUGGUGACAUCAUCAGAGCGCUACUUCAAGUCUGUUUAUUUCUGUCUCAUCCUACAGCAAUACCUGUAUGGAACACCGAUACGGAACACAGUUUUGUAAAUGACUCUGUUUGCUGUCGGUCACUGAUGCAAAGGAGACACCGCUCUCCCAUGUGGCACUGAUAAGACCAUAACAACAUCAUAGCCCUGAUCCAAGUCACUUUACGUUUCAUCCUUUUAUUGUCCCCAUGCAGCAAUACCUGUACGGCACGCAGGCGAAACACCUCUCCUACAACGACUUCAUCAACAAAGAACUCAUCCUCUUCUCCAACUCCGACAACGAGAGAUCCAUCCCAUCCUUAGUCGACGGUACGUAUGCAGCGAUCCACUAGACUAGCUAUCUUUCUGGACAACUCUGUCUUAGUAGCUUUUGUUGUUGUGUUUGUUGUCAAAUGGCUUUGAAGUUUAAUAAGGGAACUGAAAAGCCUGCAAACCUGUUUUUAACAGUUCUUCACUGUCCUCUUGAUGCAUUUUUUAUGUGUGUGAUGUGGUCCCCUUUUGAUGAUGACGUGUAUCAUUUGUUUAUUUGAAUCCUGUCACGUGAAUUUCUAUCUCUAAUUCAACCUAAGCUUGAAUCAUUACCAGAGGUUGUAAGGCUCUGGUUUUAAUCAUCAAUGAUUCAAUGAUUCAAGGUCCACAACCAACAAGUAUUAUCUGUAUAUUCAACACAAACAUACAAUUUUAUACCUCCUGAACUUGACUCCUCCCACCUUUAGGUGGCUUUUCUAAACAGUUUCCGCCUUCUCCUUCACCCUUGAAUGUUUAGUACCGCCCCCUCUGUUAGUGGGUUGACACUACAUGAUAAUUCUAACAUUUAUACUGUAUUUGGGGUGAAAUCCUUUAGUCAUUAUUCUUAAAAUCCAAGUUAAUCUAACAAAUCCCCAUUAGCUGUUUGUUGCAACACCUACUCCUCCUGCGGUCCACUUGUGAUCCCCUUUUGAAGAUAUGUGUUUGUGGUGUGGUCCCCUUUUGAUGAUGUCAUAUGUGUAUGCGUGCAGGUCUGAAGCCAGGUCAGAGGAAGGUGCUGUUCACCUGUAUGAAGAGGAAUGAUAAGCGGGAGGUGAAGGUGGCUCAGCUGGCUGGUUCAGUAGCAGAGAUGUCUGCCUACCAUCACGGAGAGGUCCGGACACUCUUACAGAGCUAUAUGGAAUAUACUUAGAGCGCUAUCUUCCACUUUAAAUCAAUACUGUCUGAAGAUACUUUGUGUUUCCCACAACAACAUUGUUUUGACACGUGUGCCUCUGUAUGUGUGUGAACAGCAAUCCCUGUUGAUGACGAUUGUGAACUUGGCCCAGAACUUUGUGGGCAGCAACAACGUGAACAUCCUGCAGCCGCUGGGUCAGUUUGGUACCCGCAUCAACGGGGGCAAGGACGCUGCCAGCCCCCGUUACAUCUUCACCAUGCUCAGGUAAUGCCUCUAGGGUCAAAGGUCAUAACAGAAUUGUGCUAGCUAUUUGAUUGGUCUACUUGUUGUAUGAUUUGUAUGGGCCAGUGGGCCAUCCUGAGGUGCAGUCAUACCUGCUUGAUACAAAAAAAGUCACCUUUUUUAAUGAUACAUUUCAUGUAAACUUUCUUUAUACAUCACCUUUCAUAAAACACAUUAAAACUCAAAAUGCUUAAAAAAUGUAUUUAUUAUGAAGUAAUGUCACUUCCUUAGUCCCCUGGCCAAGAUGUUGUUCCCAGCGGUGGACUCCAGCCUGCUGAAGUUCCUAUUCGAUGACAACCAGAAGGUAGAGCCAGAGUGGUACAUCCCCAUCCUCCCUAUGGUGCUGGUGAACGGGGCCGAGGGCAUCGGGACGGGCUGGGCCUGCAAGAUCCCUAACUACGACCACAGAGAGAUAGUCAACAACCUCUACCGCAUGCUCAACAUGCAGGACCCUCUGCCCAUGGUAAACAUUUAGAAGUUUGAAACGUAUUUGAUUACAUAAGCUAAGAUCAACUUUAUUGUCCCAGAGGGGAAAUUUGUUGUGGACAUACAAGCAGCGCUAUUGUCCAUUUUUGGUUUUAGGAUUUUAUUGCUUAAAACAUAUCAACUCAGAUAAUAUUUGUGUAGAUUGAUACCAGGGCCAGUAUGAAAAAUGUAUGCACUCACAAACUGUAAGUCGCUCUAAGAGCAUCUGCUAAAUGACUAAAAUGUAAAAUUAUACAUUAAAACCUUUAGCUAAAACAAUUUUUUGGGUAGAACGGGAUAAACCACCAACUUUCUGUCUGCUGUUGGUCAUUUAUAAUCAAGAUUUGUGUUAAUCAUGUUAUGAGUAAGUAAUCUAUCAUAAUGAGGACUGAAUAUUCCUACCUCUCUCUCCUCUCCCAGCUGCCCAGCUAUAAGAACUUUAAAGGAGUGAUCCAUGAGUUGGGCCAGAACCAGUACAUGGUCAGUGGGGAGAUCUCUGUCCUGGACAAGAACACCAUUGAGAUCACUGAGCUGCCCGUUCGCACCUGGACACAGGUACACUAUUGCUAAUGACAGGGUAUAUCACACCUGUCCAGCAAUUCUGGUCAUCUGAAUAAAGGAGAUGUUGAACUGUUGUUUCAAUGCUGUGAUAUUAUGUUUGUUAGUUCUUGUAAUGGACUUUGUUCUCCCCCUCUCUCCCUCUCCUCCCCCUCUCUCUCCUCUCCUCCCCUCCCUCUCUCCCUCUCCUCCCCCUCUCUCUCCUCUCCUCCCCAUCCCUCUCUCCCUCUCCUCCCCCUCUCCUCCCCUCCCUCUCUCCCUCUCCUCCCCCUCUCUCUCCUCUCCUCCCCUCCCUCUCUCCCUCUCCUCCCCCUCUCUCUCCUCUCCUCCCCUCCCUCUCUCCUCUCUCCUGCCAGGCUUACAAGGAGUCUGUACUAGAGCCCAUGCUCCAGGGGACAGAGAAGACUCCAGCUCUGAUCAAUGACUAUAAGGAGUACCACACGGACCAAACCGUCAAGUUUGUGGUCCGCAUGUCAGAGGAGAAGCUGGCCCAGGCAGAGGCUGCAGGACUACACAAAGUCUUCAAGCUACAGUCCAGCCUCACCUGCAACUCAAUGGUUAGUACCACUCCUCAAAUCUGGGUCCUAUUCACUAGGCACCAAAGGGAAGAAAACGGACUGAAACAGGGAGAAACUACCUGAGCUUGUCCAAUGAUAAAUGCUUGUUUUCAUUAUCCGUCACAAAACGGUUUGCCCUAAUGAAUACGACCCUGUAUUUGAGUUGAACUGAUAGCUGUAUUGACUCCCAUUGUUGAUUCAUUAUACAUACCUCUUUGGAUGAAGUGCUCUGUUUUGUGUAUAUACAGAGCACUCCUCUUAUAGGAAUCACAUGUGCCCGGAUGACGGGAUUCUUUGGAAUGAGUCUAUCAUCUAAAAAGUGAAGAACAUUUUGAAGUGAUCCGUGGUUUUUAACCUGUUUUGAAAAGGAGAGGUAUCUAAAGUAGUUGCUCUUCACCCCUCAGGUGUUGUUUGACCACAUGGGCUGUCUGAAGAGGUAUGACUCGGUCCAGGACAUUCUCAAGGAGUUCUUUGAGCUGCGGUUGCACUACUACAAGCUCAGGAAGGAUUGGCUAGUGGGGAGCCUGGGGGCGGAUGCUUCCAAACUGUCCAAUCAGGCACGAUUUGUGCUGGAGAAGAUCGAAGGAAAGAUCACAAUCGGUGAGAAUUUGACCUGCAUCGCUCUCUCUCUGUCUCUCUCUCGAUUCUUAUUUCAAUUUGUUACUAGAAUACUGAUAUAUUAAUGUUGUUUGUCUAUAGAGAACAAGUCUAAGAGGGAUUUGAUCAGGAUGCUGGUGCAGAAAGGCUUUGAGUCGGACCCCGUGGCGGCAUGGACCAAAGCACAGGAAAAGGUACUGUUAGCAUCCUGCCACUGUCCACCAUUCAGCCCUGUGACUGGCUGAGACCGCAUGACGCUUCAACACCCUGUGUUCUGAUUGGACUAUGCGUCUUCCUGGUCUCUCCCUAUAGGCUCUGGAGGAGGACGAUCGUGACGGUAACGACAGUGACAGCUCUGUGGACUCUGGGUCGUCGUCGGGACCAAACUUCAACUACAUCCUCAACAUGCCUCUGUGGUGCCUGUCCAAGGAGAAGGUGGACGAGCUGCUCCGACAGAGAGACAUCAAGGUACUGACUGCUCACGCAGAGAGGACGGGUGUAGACACCCGACUGUCAAGGACUUUCAAUUCAAUAGAUCUUUAUCGUCCCCAAAGGGCUAUUCAUUUGCAGCAACAUUCCACAAGUAGUCAAGGGCUGUGUCUCUUCUAACUAGGGGUGUAACGAUUCGUUUUAACAACGAUUCGAUUUGUAUCACGAUUCGUGGUUGUCGAUACGAUUCAAGGACGAUAUUGGUUCAUUUAGAACGAUACGAUCCGAAACGAUUCAGUGACUUGAAAUCGAUUCAGUAACCUUUUAGCCAAAAAUUCAACCAGUGUGACUGAAAUAAAUACCUGGAUACUGGACAGUGCAGGUGAAGUUUCCUAGAUUCCUGUUUCUUGUAAGGACCGCAAUGGUGGCUUGAUAAUUUCUUGCUCGUCGGCUUCUCCUCUUUCGUCCGCCAUGCUAUGUUUUGUUGUCUUUGCGCCUUUGCGCUGCUGUUGGCGCGAUGACGUCACGGAUAGGCAGACUGAAUCGAGUAAUGUUUAAAGCCUUUAUCAUUAAAAGUGCUAAGAAAAAACAUCCAUAUAAAGUCUGACGUGCUUAAAUCCAAUGGGUUAUUUCCUAGUAUCGAUACAAUCGAUUUAUUACAUUUUAAAACGAUGUUAGAUCGAUAUAUGUUGUCCAAAAGGCCAACUCGCCGAGCACAGAUCGAUGUGGUUGGAUCAUAGGAAUAUAAAUCGAUACAUCGAUGUAGUAGAUGGAUCGUUACACCCCUACUUCUAACGGUUGUGUGUGUUUUGUUCUUGGAGCAUAGUGCGUGCAUAUCAGUACUUUUUGAAUCUGUGUAUGUGAUCGCAGAGGGAAAUGAACCCACAAUCUCGGUGUUACUAGCGCCACGUCUUUUAUCAACUGAGUGUGUGUUGUUCAACAGAAAGGAGAGUUGAAUGAGCUGCAGAGGAAGUCUCCAGAGGACCUGUGGAAGGAGGACCUGGCUGUCUUCAUUGAAGAACUGGAUGUAAGUGGUGCUAGCGCUAUGUGCAGCGGUGCCACUCAUCUCUGAGUCACUGCUGACAUUUAUACCUACUUGUGCGAGACUGCUUUUGUUGGGGAGAAGUCGGGUAAUCUCAAGGUUUCUUUCUCCUGGCCUUACUAACGGCAGAUUAAUUGGUAAAAAAAGUGAUUUCUUUGGGUUUUAUCUCCUUUCACUAUAAAUGUCACCUCAAUCCAAGUGACUUAGACGAUUUACAAAAAGUGACUGAGGUGUAUUCCCUCCCUGUGCGUGUGACAGAAAAUCGAGGCCCAGGAGCAGGCAGACAUGAGUGCAGGUAAAGGUACCAAGCUGGUGAAGGGCAAGGUGGGCAAGCCCAAGGUGAAGAAACUCCACCUGGAGGAGACGUUUCCCUCACCAUACGGCCGCAGGGUCGUACCCACCAUCACACAGGCCAUGAAGACUGACGCCUCCAAGAAGAUGACCAAGAAGAAGAAGGUAACACAUUUUGUUUUUAAAAUGGAUCCUCUCUAGGUCCAGUCUAGAAUGUUUCCAGACAAUUCCAAUCAUUGAAGUUGAUGAUUUAUACCCAUUGAUUCUUGAAGAAUAUCUCUUAUCAGUGCCGUAUGAGCUUAGUUCAACUGUAUAACUCCGUCAUAGCCCAACAUAAAACGCCAUUGUUUGCGUUGGUCUCUGUGUGUUUCCAGGCAUUAGACAUGACGUGUGUGUGUGUGUGUGUGUUGGUCUUUCAGGGUGAUGCGGACCUGGUAAUGAAGAUGGAGUUUGAUGAUGAGAUGGGAGUGCUGGGCUCAGACGGAGGAACAGGGGAGAACUCCCUCAACUCAUCCUUUAAUCCACCAGCCUCAGCCCCAGCCAAGCCCAAGGCCCCCCGGGUCAAACGGGAGAAGAAGGAGCCAGGUCAGCAGAUGUUCCAUUCUCCUUUCAUGUGUCUGUCAUCAUAUUGAGGUUCAGUCAUGAGUUGUGGGAGAAGGGGAGACAAGUGAGAGGGAUACACAAGUCAGGAAGGUGGUGGACCCAAUGAUUGGAUCCCCACCUCUUGGGGCAAUUUGUAGUUGGAAGUCAGAAGUGCUACCACUAGAGCAAACUUUGGUACUCAUUUAUUUUAAUCACACAUGAACUCUCACACAUCAACACAGUUUCAGGACUUCAUGGCUAUUAAAUAAAAUACCCAAAAUCUGAAUGAAUAAACCCUUUUCUCUAUAUCAGGUGCUCCCAGAGCCAGGAAAACCCCCACACCCAAAGGAGCAUCUGGUAAGAAGGUGAAGAAGCGGAACCCCUGGUCGGAGGACGAGUCCAAAUCAGAGAGCGACCUGGAGGACAGUGAACCUGUGGUCAUCCCCCGAGACACCAAGUCACAACGGGCCUCAGGUAACCACCUACCUACUGUGUUCAUUAGGGCACACCAUUAAAACGGAAAGCGUGAAGAAGAGUUUUUUGUUGGAUAAGUUCAGACAGUAGCUUCCUGUUUCACUCUGUUUUGGGGUGUUUUCUUCAAUUUCGUGUUCACUGACCUGUUAGAACUAGGGACAGGCAUUUUCCUGACCACAGCAGUUAACAGUAGUUAAUUGGGCCCUAAUCUCGGUUAACCCAGAACUAAAGUCUUGCCUAAUUGGUCAGCUGCUCGAUUAAGUUCUAGGUCUAUACCUGUUAAGAGAAUAGCUGAAGAAAUGCUAGAACAAGGAACAGAACCGGAACGAGUAGCUCGCUCGCGCUCUCUCUUUGCAAGUUACGGGCCGAACGUCCCCUCCCCUUCCGAAAUUCGAAAGAUGCUAACACCUGCGAAAUCGUGAUUUGUCCAAAUAACCAGUGAUGAAAAACCCAAACACCGGAACUACUGCUGCUCAUCCCAUUCCUUCACCAUAGAUUGUACUGUACCAGUUAUGUUGACGUAGAUCUGUCCACAAGAGAUUAACUGGGCCCAGAGUUUUUCCUGGUCCAGUCACUUAGUCGAUUGGUUGGUCUUUCUACAACUGCUUUAACCAAUCUUAUUAUGUUUUUAUUUGCAUAUUCUUUGUGAUUGGCCAUUUUCAAAUGUUUAAAAGCCUCAUUCUUAUUUUUGUAAAAACCCUGAAGAAGGCCAAAAGCCGAAAUGCGUUGGUUCUACUUUUUGCAAUAAAGAUGAUUUUUUAAAUGUAAUUCCAUUUGACCUCCAAGUGUUGCUGAAUCUCCUCUCUAACCCAGUUUGCUCCUCAAUUCAUGCACCUUGUUUGGAAAGCAAGGUAACGGCAGUGAUCCAUUCCCUUUGCAGGUCAUGUGGUCAGAAAUAUCUCUAGCCUUGCUAAUUCUAACAUAAUCGUUUUGGCUCAUUGUCAUUCUACACACUAUGCUGUCUGUAACCCGGGGUGACUAUAACUUCAAACUCCAUCAGCUCUUUGUAAGUCUGAAUGUCUGGUUCUCCCUGGCUUGAUGAGCCUGAAGUCUGACUGCAGCGUGACGCAAUCCAUAUGCAAUAGGAGAGGUUAUGCUACGGUACUCAGCUCUCAAAACACUGAUUUGACUCGCACUAACUCCAAAUGAACUCUGUAGCUGUUCCUUAUUGCUAGCAGUGGGCUAUUAGGACAUGCUGCCUUUCAGAAAUCAUUACAAAUCAAUCUGCUGCAACUACAACAAGUGAUUCAAAACACACCCAUACUUAUAAUGAACUUUUUCUGUUCCUCAGCGGCCAAGCCCAAGUACACCUUUGACUUCAGUGAGGAAGAGGAUGGAGGAGAGGAAGAGGAUGAGGAGGAGGAUGAUGAUGAUGCUGCUGCUGCGUCCUCGCCAGCCCGGCCCUGCAAAGAUGACUUCACUGCCUCCUCCGAGACUAAAGACCGAUACAACGACCACAGCAAUGAUGAGGAUGAUGAAGAUAUCUUCCCACCGCCCAAACAGACCACCACCAUCGUCUCACCAGCAAAGAAGAAGAAGGAACCAGAGAGUAUAUUCUCCUCCUCUAAAUCAGCCUGCUCCUCUGAAAAGAGCAACGACAGUGGUGAGUUCGCACAACAAGCUCAGCAGGUUUGCCUUGUCGUGUACUUUCUUUAGUAAAAGGUUAAAGAUGUAUAUUUAUUGUCGUUAUUUCAAGUCUUGUGUGUUUGUCUAUGAAAAAGGACUUUGUAUGUUAAUAAGCUCCUAGUCCCAAUGUUCAUCUGAGGGUUAAUGUCUGUUACUCUUCUCUUCCAGAUGAUCUGAAGUUGGACAGUGACGGGGAAGACAAGGCCUUCUCUUCAUACUCCAGCAGCUCUGCCUUCAACAAACCUGUCCCAGCUAAGAAAGGUAACAUACAGAGCCAUAUAUGUAUCUACAGCCUGGCCACAUUAAAUAGACAUACACUUUGGAGCGUACAUUUGUGUACCUUCAUUAAGUAUAUGUUACGUUUCAAAUUAAAUAACGGUCUGCUUACUUAAGACAGAACGAUAGGGAGGUUGGUCGGGGAGGAUGGGUGGGCGUAUACCGCGACCGUCUAGCAAUCCAAAGGUUGCGUGUUCGAGUUGCGUCGGGGACAACUGUAGCAUUUUAGCUAACCCUUCCCCUAACCUUUUUCCUAACCUUAACCUAAUUCUCAUGACCUUCUAGGCAAAAUUGUCCUGUCAUUAUGACACAACAAGCAGCCUGGUCUCAGAGCAAGACGUAUAAUACUAUACGUCCUCUACUACAUAUGAUACUAUAGACCUCCAAUUUGUAUGAUAUUGUACGACCAGGUAAGACGUAUGAUACUAUGCAUCCUCCAAUUCGUAUGAUGUUGUAUGACUGCUAUCACAUUCAUAAUGUAACAUAUAUUAAAUUGAGGGGCAAAGUUUACAUACCCCAAUCUCACAAAUUGCCCAGAGGACAGGUUGCGAUCUAUGACUCUGGUAACACCCACAUCUGCAGCUAGAGGGAGCACUAAUGCAAAUCUCACUACCAAGGGUGGUUAAAAAGAUACUGAUAAUGUUGGUGCUGUUGAAUAUAGUGCACUAUAAAGGGAAUAGGGUGCCUUUUUAGACGCAUCCAUGGUGUCUUGCUGAGAUACUUAUUGUUAUUGAUUGGCUCACUCUCUGUUAAUCACAGCAGUGAAGAAGCCUUCGGAUGCAGCUCCCAAACCCAGGAAAGCACCAGUACCCAAAGCGCCAACAAAACAGAAGCUGGACACGUCUGUCUGGGACUCAGACUCAGAUACCGGCUCCAAGAAGCCUGCACCAGCACUCAAAGGUACAGGCUUACCUCACAAUGAUCGGUGGAGAGUCAGUCAGCUUACACUCUAUUUCUCUAUGAAUAUAUAAGAUUGACCUAGUGUAAAACAGGGUAUGAACAUAGUGUAAACAGGGUAUGAACUGAAUGUGACCUGGGUAAUGAACAGAGUGUAACCUGAAUAUGAACGGAGUGUAACCUGGGUGUUUCUCCUGACCUGUGCAGGUAAAGGCGGAGGGAGGAAGAGGAAGCAGUCUGGAUCUGAUGAGGAUGAUUUCAGUCCCAAGAAGGCUCCUGGGAAAGCACCCAAAGCCCCUACCAGCAGGGUAAGGAUGUGUGUCAUUGAAUUAUAUAGGAUAUAAGAAGAUACUAAAAAAACUAAGCCUUCCAUACAACAAGAUACUUAGCAUCUUCUCCAUGUGUAGAAGCCAUCAAAGAAAGCAGCCGCGGCCCCAUCCCCAAUGUCAGAUGAUGAUGUGGACUCCAACCGUUUCAGCCAAUCCGGCGUGGAGUCCCGAGACCGACCGGGCAGAGGCAGGGCCAAGAAGGAAGUGAAGUACUUUGCUGAGUCAGCAUCAGGGUCAGACGACGAUCAGUACGACAUGUUCGACUAGACCAUGGAAUCCCUCCCACACACAGGCUCUGUUCCAAUGCUAUUUAAAUGCUUCCUCCCUCCCUUGAAGUAAUCCCAGAUCUUCAUUGGUUGGACUGGGGAAAGUAAUAGGUUAGUACCCCAUGCUGUCACCUAUCCAAUCACUUACGAUCUGUGAUCACCUCGAGGAAAUCAGGAAGGAAGGAUGGGUUUUUAAACAAUUUGAACAUCCAUUUACACACACCGCUUGAGUCAUUUUAACGUGCAUCCUUCCUCCUUCACUUCCUAGAAGAAAUCAUCCGAGUGGUGGGAUAGGUGUAAGCAGUGGUUGUAUAAAUAUCCAGUCGUGUGAUUAUUUCAACGUAGGAAGGAAGGAUUUAGUUUAAGUAUUCAACCUGGACCAGACAUGCUCGUGGAAAUACCCCUGUACGGUGUCCCACAGACUUUUGUACAUUUCCCCCACUCUUAUUUUAUUGGUGACGUUUAAUGCUUUCUACCGUGUAGGUGUUUUACACUUUUUAUUAUACAUACCAAGACAAUUGUUUUUUUAAUUAUUAUUAUUACCAUGGAAAUGUUCUGUAUUUGUCCUAAGCGGCUUUUAGAAGUUAGGAACGCGGUGCUUCAGCACAUUUUAACUGUUUAAAAAGUAAAAAAGAGACUGUACCUUUUUGAACAUGAACUUGGAAGUAAACAAUGAAAUGUAAAUUA